AUGGAAGGACAGGCAGCAAAGCGGCCAAGCAAGUCGGACUUGAAUCCUGGCGGCUGCAGCAAGGACUCAGCUAUACCAGGUGCAGCGUAUCUGGGCCACGCCAGGAUGGUGAUAGCAGUCCGUAGUCAUGGCAAAGAACAUCAGACUCUCCAGGAGCUCCAGCAGGAGAAUCUGCUGCAGACCCUACCCUCCGGUCCGUCUUCCCCCAGGUCGCGACGCCGUUGGUCCCCGCACAGUCACCAGAGUGUCUUGUCCCUACCUAAACGUGAGGAGGACCAUGAGCUUUUCAUUCUGGACCUCAGGAACUUCCCAGAGCUGGCCAAUGCAGACAUGGGCUCACAGAACCCCAACAUCCAGGUGAGCAUCGAGGUGGUAGAUGACGCACAGACUGAGAUGGAGGUAGAGAUAGACCUGGCCAAGGACAGUCAGCGUAAUGACUGGUCAGUGUCAUCAUCAGAGUGGGCCAACAGCCACAAAAAACUGUUUUGGCCACUGUUCUGGGAGUACCCGGAGCAGGUGGAGAAUGGGCUGGGAAGAGACAGUUUGGAGGAACAGUCUGAGGACUACAACUACAACCCAGAGGAGCCCAUCCUGAGUGGAGUUGGGGGAGACUGGGGUAGUCACUGGAAUAAAGACUGGGAUGCAAAGGAUAACUACGGACUUUUUCUGGCGGAGCAAGCCAGGCGGGGCCGACAGCACGGCUUGUUACAACAACUACGGAGAGCCGGGAAGGUCAAGCAGAACUCCCUGGGGCAGUUUUGGUUCCACUUCAAAGAAAUGAAGAACUGGAUUUUGACCUAUUCUUACCUGCUGUCCUUCAACGCCUGGCUACUGCUGGCCCCCAUCAUGCUGUGUUACGACUGGCAGGUGGGAAGUAUUCCCCUGGUGGAGUCGCUGGGUGACGUGCGCAACGUAGCCACCGUGCUGCUCGCUGUGGUGAUGGUCGCGCUCUGCCUGCACUGCGCCCUCUCACUGCAGGAGCAACAGCAUGGCAGGCUGUAA